GAAGACUGAGACCUCUUUUAAAAGAGGGCAUGUGUGCUGCUUGGCAUGUUAAUAGAGGGUUAACUGCUUGCUCUGCUCUGGUGCUUCCUAUAAAGAGGCAGCGUUACCCAGUUAACCGGGCUGUCAGUUAUAGUACUCUGACCUUCAGCUUGCCAUGGCAUCUGUUCUGGCUGGUACUGUUAACAUGGAAAACCUUUUCAGCCUCAUGAGGCGUCGUUUUAAGAGGAGACGGAAGAAGCGUUCUGAAAGAAAAGGCUUCACCACAAAAGCAAUGGCAGAAGAGCGAGGCACCCUUCGCCAGUCUAGAAAGCAACAAAAGUAUUUCACCAUGGAUGUGGAUGAUGAAGAAAAUAUGAGUUCAAGCAGCACUGAUGUUAAAGAAAACCGUAACGUGGAUGGAGUUUCCGCAAAAGAUGGGAAUGGCCAAACAACUGGGGAGGGGGCUCAGCUCUCCAAUGGGGGUGAGGGAAGCAACAGAAAAAGACCAUUGGAGGAAGGUAAUAAUGGACAUUCCAAGUUUCGGCCGAAGAAGAGGAAGAAAACUCCAGGACCUGUGUUGCCGAAGAAUGCUCUCAUGCAGCUGAAUGAAAUAAAGCCUGGUUUGCAGUAUAAGCUUCUCUCUCAGUCUGGGCCAGUCCAUGCACCUGUUUUUAUCAUGACUGUCGAGGUUAAUGGACAGGCUUUCGAGGGUUCAGGACCAACAAAGAAGAAAGCCAAGCUUCAUGCAGCUGAAAAGGCUUUACGGUCCUUUGUGCAAUUUCCAAAUGCAUCAGAAGCCCAUAUCGCUAUGGGCAGAACACAAUCUGCAAACACUGAUUUCACUUCUGACCAGGCUGAUUUUGCUGACACAUUGUUCAAUGGAUUUGAGAAGCAAGAACAGUCUGAUCAUGCAUUUUUCUUGGGAUCUAACGGAAAUGAAGCUUUAAGUUCUUUGGGCGACUUCAGCAUUACAUUGGUUGGAUCUGGCAAUCUAGUCCAGUCUCCCCUUCCUACCCCAUCUCUUUUUCCACCAGCAAGUGGAAAAAAUCCUGUAAUGAUUUUAAAUGAACUACGGCCUGGUCUGAAGUAUGACUUUGUCUCAGAGAGUGGGGAAAGUCAUGCUAAGAACUUUGUCAUGUCAGUCACCGUGGACAAUCAAACAUUUGAGGGUUCUGGAAGAAACAAGAAGCUUGCUAAAGCACGGGCUGCUCAGUCAGCUUUGGCAUCUCUCUUUAACUUGCAGCUGGAUCAGACCCCCUCCCGACAGCCUAUUCCAAGUGAAGGACUACAACUGCACUUACCUCAGGUUCUGGCUGAUGCUGUUGCGCGUUUGGUUGUAGAUAAGUUCAGUGAACUAACGGAUAACUUCACAUCCCCGCAUGCGCGGCGGAAAGUCUUGGCUGGUGUAGUCAUGACAACAGGAACCGAUGUGAAAGAUGCCCAGGUCAUCAGUGUUUCUACUGGAACAAAAUGUAUUAAUGGAGAGUACAUGAGUGACCGUGGUCUUGCAUUAAAUGACUGUCAUGCUGAGAUCAUAGCACGCAGGUCACUGCUGAGAUUCCUCUACACACAGCUAGAGUUAUUCCUAAGCACUAAGGAAGAUCAUCAGAAGUCCAUUUUUAUUAAAUCUGAACGCAGUGGAUUUAGGCUGAAAGACAAUGUUCAGUUUCAUCUCUACAUCAGCACAUCGCCGUGUGGGGAUGCUCGUAUCUUUUCACCUCAUGAAGCUGGACAGGAAGAGCAGGGUGAUCGCCACCCAAACCGAAAAGCCAGAGGACAGCUUCGAACCAAGAUCGAGUCUGGAGAAGGAACUAUUCCAGUAAGGUCCAGCAGUACUAUCCAAACCUGGGAUGGUGUUCUGCAAGGAGAGCGACUACUAACCAUGUCUUGCAGUGACAAGAUUGCAAGGUGGAAUGUUGCAGGCAUUCAAGGAUCCCUGUUUAGUCUUUUAGUAGAGCCAAUUUACUUAUCCAGUAUUAUCCUGGGCAGCCUGUACCAUGGGGAUCAUCUUUCAAGGGCCGUGUACCAGAGGAUAGCCGAUAUUGACGACUUACCACCACUUUAUAGUCUCAACAAACCAUUACUCAGUGGUAUUAGUAAUGCUGAAGCCCGCCAGCCAGGAAAGGCCCCCAGUUUUAGUGUGAACUGGACAGUGGGAGAUACUGGUCUUGAAGUCAUUAAUGCUACUACUGGCAAGGAUGAGAUGGGUCGUGCAUCUCGAUUGUGCAAACAUGCGCUGUACAGUCGGUGGAUGCGUCUUUAUGCAAAGCUUUCUUCCAACUUGAGAACAAAGAUUGGAAAACCGAAUUUAUACUACGACACCAAGCAGUCAGCCCCAGAAUACCAAGCAGCAAAAGAAUGCGUCUUCAAAGCCUUCCAGAAGGCAGGUCUGGGAGCCUGGGUCAAGAAGCCUAUAGAGCAAGACCAGUUCCCUCUUACUGUUUAAUCUCAUGAACGUGUUUUAUUUUCUGUAACCAGACGGAGGUAUAUGGACACUAUUUGAGAACCUAGUUAUGAUGUCCUUGUAUCUCUGAUGUGCCAAUCAUCUUCAACUGCUUUUUUACCUCCCUUUUUCCUAUAUCAAUAACUUUUAGGUCAUACCAAGAUUGUUUUAUAGUCAGAAAAAGUGUUGAUUUUAUUUAUUCCUUAGUGACCAAAGGCAGUAUAUAUUUUUGUUUUUGUAAACACCUGCCUCAGUUCUUAUUUUAAGUAAAAUGUAUCUUUAGCUGGAUAUCUCUCACCUCUGUAAAUUGUAGAUAAUUAAAAUGGCACCAGUGUGCUAAACAGGCAGCUGAGAUGAACUAGGAAAAGUUUUUAUUCUGUUUCGCAGAUGUUAUUGAUGGUGGUUUUACACUGUACUUUUCAAGUGGGAGUAUUUCAUUUUGAGCUUUUUUAGUUUUUUUCUUUCUUCCCUGUCCUGGUUUUGUGAAUUUUAGCCUGCUGUUUGACAUCAACAUAGCCAGCAAGACUCCAUUUUUGGGUUGGUAACUUCCUGUUCUACCUCUCCCAGAAGUUUGCUGAUUGAGAGAGUCAACAUAUAGUACCCUUCCUCUUAUAGUAAAAGGGUUUAAAACCAGCUGCUGAACAUUAGUGUCCUGUGUGUCUAUUUAUUAAUGUGUGGCUAUGAUUUUAUUACUCCGCUUUGAUUCUGUAUUUACUUCACAUUCACACACAUUGUGAAGUCAGAUUUUUACCAUUGCUAACUGGAACAGAUCUAUAUUUGUAUUUUCCUUGAUCUCUAGACUGUGGUUGUGAAGCAGAGUCUACAUAGAAGUAGCUUGUUUGCUGGAAUUGCAGCCAGUGUGUACAGACUAAAGAGAUUCUUCUUAUUCCAUGCAAAGGUGUUACAACAACCUGGGACAGGAAAGGCACAUAACAUUUGUGUGCGUUUGCCUCUCUCGUGAUGUCUUUUUACCAAAGCAUUUUGCUUUGCUAAAUUGUAGUGUGAAAUAAAAUGAGGUGUCUGCUUAUUAAGCAUGCUUUUACCACUUUUAAAGUAUGUAUAUAUUGACUUAACUGGCAUAUAGGAUCUGGGUCUCCUCACUAAUUUGACCAUGUCAAUAUAGCAGAUGUCUCUGUUGUGGUCACAGUCAUUUUAUGAUGAUCCUCUUUCCUAUAGAUGUAUCCAUUAUGGAUUAACGGUAUGAAAAAUUCUGUAUUGUCAUUUGUUUUCACUAUGGGGCAGGCAAGCAUGGAUAGAUUAAUGUUGUACAGCAACUAGAUGUUAGAUAGCCAGCAACUGUUCUUCUUCCACUUUAUCCUGGUUAAACAAGAAUAAACUGUCCAGGCAUAACCAGUAGAAUCUCUCUGGCUACAGAGCUGUUAAUAGCUCAUGCUUUAUAUAAAAGGCUUCGACCUUGUGUAGAACUUUAUGAAGCACAGCACAUUAAGCAGCUCGUUGAGUUUCAGCAAGUGAGUUCUGUUUUGGUUAGGUCUAAUACUAUAUGAAAUAUAACUUAUGUCAGUCAACUGCUCCCAUGCCUGCUGGUCACAGUUCUUAUAACUCAUCAAAAACCUUUUUUUGUGAAUGGAAAUGUUCUCUGUAAAUGGAACAUGAAGGCCAAGUCAUCUGCAGCCUUAUUGCAAUCCAGUUCCAUUAUUCUGUAAGUGUAGCAAUUUCUCAGUGUGUGUGCCCAGCUGCUGCACAUUGUGCUUGGAACAAUCAGAAUAAACAUUUUAAAGUUGUACACAAUAAAGCAGGGAUUGUGUUUGUAUAUAUAAAAUAUAUCUAUACUUUAAGGUUG